AUGAUCUACGACAUCUUCCUGAGCGUGGUCCGCGUGCCUUACAUACGAGCAGGCAUGCCUGAGGACUUGGCGGUCCUGGAACCUACGUCCAGCUCGCUACUGAUCUCCUGGAAUGCAUCAAGCCAGCAGGGAAACUGCACGUUUCGAGCCUGGCAAGUUGAGAUCCGCGAUCCCAGUGGUGCAUGGACCAAGGACCCUCCUGCGUGCACGUCCCUGAGCUCCUUCGACGAGCCUUCCUGCAGCUUCCACGCGCAAGGGGGACGUUCUUUCACGCGCUUUUAA